AUGCGCGAUGCAAACGUAUAUAACCUUAAGCGGGCUAUGCCCCGCAUGAGCUGGAAUCACCGAUGGAUUGCCAAGGCGCUCUUGCGCGCCUACCAUGGCGACUUACAUCCGCCGGAUGUGCGCUCGCAUGUCAUCAAGAGCGCAAACCUCGCCGCGCUCAACAAGUGGGCACAUCGCGAUAUGGCCGCGGAGAAGGAGGCGAAGAGGCUUGAGCUCGAGCAGGCCAAGGGACUCGCACCUGUGGGCAGUCUGAUGUUCAGGGAGGUGGAGAGGUGGCUCGAUGUGCUCGUGUUCCGAUGCUGCUUUGCGCACAUUGUAUACGAGGCGUGGAGGCUCAUCAUACACAGAGAAGUCAUGCUGAACGGGCAGAAGCAUAUGCAUCCAAACACGAGAUUGGCUCCAGACGACGUGAUCUCAACAAAAGAAAACACUGGCGCCGCUACAUCUACGACUGCCUCGGACGCGCAGGACGCAAGCGAAUGCCGAGCCAAGGAAGAGCCGAAGUCGCCCAAGCCAAAGCGUAAAUCGGACCUCACGCCCUUUCACCUGCCACCCUACGCCUCUCCAUCCAUCUUCAUCCAUGCGUAUAUCGAGCCGUCAUUCGCGACCUGUUCCGCGGUGUAUCUGUGCCAUCCGACCGCACUCCCAGGGUACUCGGAGAUCCCAACACCGUACGAUGCAGAUGGGGAGCUCGUGCGCGCGGCCUGGGAGUGGUAUAGCCAUGUGCGACCGUGCAUGCGCAGCAAGCGCCAGCUCAGUUUGGAUGCCGGAGAAUAG